ACGAAAACACGCUCGGCAGAGACCUGCUUUAAACGUGAAGCGGAAGCCAUUGGCGUUCAUCGGAGGAAGUUUCUGUUUCUGAGCAUGAGUGUAAAACUUUCAGAGGGGGCAAUUGAGGCCCUAGCCACCGGCUCUGAUGUGACCAGUCCUGUGCUACAGCUGCUGAAUAUCAGACGGAUGGAGACUGCCUCAGGUACAGCCAAGUUUCGCCUCAUGAUGAGUGAUGGCCUACACUUCCUGUCCUCUUUUAUGCUGGCCACCCAGCUAAACAGACUGCCUGAGGAGAAUAUCUUGGUGCCGCACUGUGUGUGUAAGGUGAAGAAGACCAUCACCAACACUUUGUCGGAUGGAAGAAACGUGGUGAUUGUGCUGGACAUGGAAGUCAUAAAGUCAGCGGAGGAGGUUGGAGAGAAAAUUGGAACUCCUUCUUCUUAUGGUUCAAGGGAUAUGUCUAAAUCUACCCAGAGGCCUGUUCCCAGUCCCACUGUCUCACCAUCCAUUUCACCAGCAAAAUCACCUGGACCCUCACGUAAUUACUACAGUGAUAUGUCUAAAUCUACCCAGAGGCCUGUUCCCAGUCCCACUGUCUCACCAGCCACUUCACCGGCAAAAGCACCUGGACCCUCACGUAAUUACUACAGUGGUAAGUGCCCGUCUCCCAGCAAAGGGCGUGGUGGUGGUGGUUUUGGAAAGAAGACAGCCAUGGCUUCUCCCGGUCCUUCUCAAACCUCUCCAGUUAAAGUGAUCCCUAUUGCCAGCCUCAACCCCUACCAAACAAAAUGGACCAUCAGAGCCCGUGUCACCAACAAGGGUAAUCUCCGUACAUGGAGCAAUUCCAGAGGCGAGGGCAAGCUCUUCUCCUUUGAGCUUGUGGAUGAGAGCGGGGAGAUCAAGGUCACGGCUUUCAACAAAGAGGCUGAGAAGUUCCUCCCUCUUGUGGAACAAGGGAAGGUGUACUACAUAUCCAAGGCCUCGCUGAAGGUUGCCAACAAGCAGUACACAAAACUGAAGAAUGACUACGAGAUGACGCUCCACGCUAACAGCUCCAUCAUUGCAUGCGCCGAAAGCUGGGGCAUCCCCAUGGUGCAAUGUGACUUUGUGCCCAUCGCUGAGCUGGAGAACAGAAGCAAAGAUGACAUCAUCGACGUGAUUGGAGUGUGUAAAAGUGCGGAGGAGGUGUCCCUCAUCACCACUAAGACCAACAGAGAAGUCUCCAAGAGGGCCCUCAGCCUAAUGGACACCAGCGGCAAAGUGGUGACAGUCACGCUGUGGGGAGAAGAGGCAGAGAAGUUUGAUGGCUCCAGGCAGCCUGUGGUUGCCAUCAAAGGAGCUCGCUUGUCUGAUUUUGGAGGCAGGUCGCUCUCCGCUGUAUUCAGCUCAACACUCAUGGUCAAUCCAGACAUGCCUGAGGCCUUAAGUUUGAGGACCUGGUAUGACCGGGUAGGCCACGCACUCGACGGCCAAUCUGUGACAGAGAUGAGGUCGCCGGGUGGUGGAGCCAAGGACAAGUGGAAAACGCUGAGCGACGUUAAGAAUGAAUACCUGGGACACGGAGAGAAGGCAGAUUACUUCAGCUGUGUGGCCACGAUGCUGUACUGCCGUAAGGAGAACUGUCUCUACCAGGCGUGUCCCUCUGCAGACUGCAGCAAGAAGGUCAUAGACCAGCACAACGGGCUGUACCGCUGUGAGAAGUGCAACAGAGAGUACCCCAACUUUAAACACAGACUCCUGCUCUCUGCUAACAUAGCAGACUAUGAGGAUAACCAGUGGGUAACGUGCUUCCAGGAGACAGCCGAGGUCCUGCUGGGACACAACGCAGAAACACUGGGACAUCUCAGAGAAACAGAUGAGGCUGAAUUCGACAAAGUCUUCCAAAAAGCCAACUGCACCACUCACAUCUUUAAAAUCCGAGUCAAGCUGGAGACCUACAAUGAUGAGAGUCGAGUGAAGGCCACAGUGAUGGAAGUUCAACCAGUCAACCACAGAGAGUACAGCAGGAGACUCAUCAGCAGCAUCCGCAAAAUGGCCAUCUGAAUUACUUUUAUUUCAUAAUUAUUUUCAGAAAGACAUUUGAGUUACUUUGCUGAUAAAGUACUAUAACAUACACGAAUAAGUAGACACGUUAGCCCUUGGCUAACGGGUCGGACCCUUUAGUCGACUGCCUAACGUUGUCGCCCGCGGUGCGGGGGAUAUGGGUUUGCAUCCCGGCUGUGGCGACGGUUCCCCGGCUUCCCCCCCUGAAUUCGCUGCAUUGGAAAUACAGUAUCAUGUUGUGAAUCUGAUGUGUUACAGUAAUAGUUCAUGCUGAACGGUUGCUGGGGUAAAUGACUGGUACCUAGUACGCUAUGCUAGGAUAAGACUCAAGUGAAUGGAAACUGAACGCUUCCUCUCUGCUGACCUAUCUAAUGUGGGCCUGCAUAUUCCCCAAAUGAUGAGCUCUUUGAGCAUGACUUGAGGGUUUCUCCAUUGUAAAACUCUUACC